GAAGAAUGUUUGUUCGAUCAAUUGUUGUAUUCGAUGACCUUCCGACUCUUUCCUACAACAUCUCGGAGUACUUGGUUUCUCGUCGUGUUGUGCUUGUCAAUAGCACUUGUCGUUGGUUCGGGAAGAACUAUCGCCUAACAACUUCUUCAAUACUUAGUUCCGUUUUGAGUUUUCUGUUACCUUCUUGUACCUUAGUUGCGACAACUUGCCCUUUAAGACCCAUUAGACCCCUGAAUCCAGAAAGUCCUAUUCUUUUACUAGAAAAAUUUAGAUAUAGGCCAAACUUUGCUAUCUAUAAUCAUAGAGGAACAGUAAUGUAUAUGAAUCGUUAUGCCGACGCACAAUAAUCCACAUAAGACGGAAAAGAAGAAAAAAGCAGACCAACUUUUAGGCUUUUGUAAAGGCUAUACCGUCUCCAAGUAGCUCUCUUCCGUUUUACAAAGGUACAACCGUCGCAAUUCUCAAAAACCUGACUUCCAUUUUUAAGAGUCUUCAAUUGUUGCGUAAGUUAUUCGCUUUGAUCUCUUCCUGUCCCAAAGAAUCUGGGUUACGCAAGUGCUUAAAGAAGCCACAAGUGCGACAACGACGACAAAGAAAACAACUCCCCAACCCAGGCGCAACUUUAAAGUUCGUUCAGCGUCAAGAACGUCAAACUCAAUGUCGUAGGAUAUCAAAGGGUCUUCAACAAGAAUAGUUUCGUUGGUGUUUGGGUCUUGUUGGAAGAACCUCGAGGUGUUGUAAGUUUCCCCAUAAAAAACUGCGACACACCAAACGGAGGACUGACGAUAUUGCUGGUUAUAUAACUAAAGAAAUAUUCAGUUGAGAAUGAUGGAGAAUAUACAACGCACCGUAUAUGUUAUAGGACCAUGAUUACCGUUUAUAAAGACAUCGAACAUACU